CUCUCAUGAAUUACUAUUAUAUAAAAAUAUAUUGCAAUUAAUUGUUGUGUUUGAAAUAUAUCGCUCUUUACAUUACCUGAAAACAUUAUGGAUAUAGUAAUAAAGCUAAAUGAGCAAACAAUAGGCAGAGACAGAAUUAUCAGAUUGCUACAAUAUGGAAGCAGAGCUUAUUGGUAUUAUGGUCAGAAUAUUCGUAGUACACAACAUUCUGCAGAAGUCUUAAGAAGUUUGGAAUAUACAUUUAGUUCCUUUAGAAAAUUGUUACGUCUAGGGAGAUGUUUGGACAGUUUAUAUUCUGCUUUAAAAAUGAUGAAAUAUCCAGAUCUAACUAUAAGAGCCACUUUGACACUAUCAAAAAUUGCCAAUGCUCUAUUCUUAUUAACAGAUCAUAUAAUUUGGGUCGGCCGUGUUGGAUUAUAUAGGGUUAAUAUUGAAAAAUGGAGCAAAAUAUCUAAUAAGUACUGGUUAAUGGGUAUUAUAAUGAACCUAAUAAGAGAUAUUUAUGAAAUCAUAAAAAUUUUUGAACAUGAAAAAGAGAGUGUAUUAACGAGGACAUCAAAGUUCUCACAUCAUUUAUGGAAACGAUAUAAAUUACUCUGUCAUUUAAGAAAUCACAAAGAUGUUGUAAUGGAUACAAUUAAAAAUGGAUGUGAUUUAUGUAUUCCUUUAACAGCACUAGGCUUUACCAAAUUUACCCCUGGAAUAAUUGGUAUACUUGGUGUGGUAUCUUCAAUUGUAAGUCUGUAUACAUUAACUUAUCCCCUGUAUAAAUUAACACCAACUUAAAAUUAAUUGACAUAAUUACUUUUUAUGUACAUGAAUAUGAUUACAAAGCAUUUAUUCAAAUUAAAGGAAUUACAUUAUUAAAAUUAAAUUAAUAUUUUUUUAUGGAUUUUCAUGAUUUUUAUACAUUUUUUAUGUAUAUAUUUUUUACUAUGUAUCUAAAAAAACUAUAUGUUACUAAACUGUGAUACUUAAAUAAGUAUUUUGUGAUCAAUUUUUGGUAAAUUUUUAAAUAAAGUAUCCUGAAAGUAGCACGAGAUACUAUACAUAAAAUUGAAAAAUCUGUUUUAUAUCAUAAAAUUAUAUUUCAGUAAAUAUAUUUACAUAAUAUUUACAAUGUAACUUAUAUCUAUGUCAUGUUAUUAUAAAUAAAUUUAUAUUUGCAAAUGAAA